AUGAGUGUCAGACGCCUCGAUAAUGUGGUAGAUUCGAAGUACCUAUGGCAGCCAGUUGACGGUAUUGAGAGUAAUAGUGACGCCAAGCUCGAAGACACUUACCUAUGUUUUGGUAUAUUUUGGUUAGAUAUUUAUGCCGACUAUCAACACCAGCUGGAAGAAUUACAGAAGCACCAAGUAAGAAUUGAACAAUCAUUAAAUGAUUGCAAUAUACACUAUCCAUGGAGCAAUAUUGAAGGUGUAGCUAUGGAAAUCCGAUUUCUUUCAGAAGACAAGGGUAAAAGGCCUUAUUUAUUUGGAUACCAUUGUGUGGAAGAUAAUAUAGAAGCUGAAGAAGGGAUCGUAGUUUCUCUGCUUUUCGAAUAUUUGAAGGAAUCAGGCCCUGAAGUAUUCAUGAAAAUAUGCGAUACGGAUGGUGAUUUUCUGAUAGACAAAUUCGAGGAUUUGAUGCCUGAUGUUUAUGCAUUUCCUUCUGCAAAUAACAGGCUCUGGCUGCAUGAGGGCAAAUUUAAAGCUAUUCCUGCUUCGUUCAAACCAGGUCGUGGUAUUGAAAGUAGUGAAUGUAUUGAGUUUUUAUCAAAACAAAUGUUUAAAUGUGAAGUUUUGACUAAAAUGCAGGAUGCGUUUGAAAAAGAGAUUUUAAACUCCUUUCCACAUUCGUACCUUGAUGAGCUAAAGUUGAUAAAAUUAGCCAUACCCGAUGAUAUGUGUCAUAGUGGCUUGAAAUUAAAUCCAGGGUUAGGAUCUUAUUUAAUAAAACAAUCUCUAGAAAACACUGAUACUGCUGGCGGGUCAGUAGCAACUAUUGUAGAACAGGCUAAGCAAUCACCAACUACCUAUGAUUUACUGGUUCCGGCUAGUCAUUUAAGGAUUCUUUCUACUGUGCAGUUCAACGUUACCGGAAAGGAAAAAGAUUGUUAUGAUCCGCAUAUUUGUGGUUGGAUUCUUUGUAAUACUUUCAGUAGGCUCAUAAAGACUGGUAAAAUUCUAUACAAGCCAAAUUCAAAGAGACUCACUGAUCCUGAUAGUAUAUUUGCUAACUUUCCAUUUAAAGAAGUCAGAAAGAUAAAAGAAGUUGAGAAAAUAUUCGCUGACAUGAACGAGAAUCUAUAUGGCGCACAGACUUUUAAUAACAAAACCAAAAGCAAGCUGGCGGCUAAGGAUUAUGAAGUAUCAAAAGAUGAUGAGGCCAGGAAAUAUUUUAAAAGUGAAAAUGUUGACAUUGAUGAAGAUGACUUUUUCGAAUAUUUUCUUACUGAAGCACUAGGUGUUUCGAAAAAGGAACUUGAUGAAUACACGACUUCCAAUAUAUCGAAUGGUUUAAAAGAGGAUGGUAUACCACAGACUGAUGACAUUGGUGACGAUUGUGAUUUGGAAAUGUCAGAUGAAAUUCUUCAAAAGUUACUGGAGUCUUUUAAGAUGGGAAAUAUGCAAUAA